GAGAUGAAACACCGCGGGGUGAACAAUAAACGUGAUUAAUGUUUCCUUUUGUGGUCCUGUACAGGUCACCACGUGACGAAAUCACUGACUGAGUUUUAUUGUCGAUCUCAAAGUCUCCUCGCUAGUUUCUGUCGUCAAGUUUUCUUCCCUGCGCGGGCGUUGACCUUUUAGCCAUGAUCAAAGUUCUCUUGAGACCAGAAGUCUGACGCAACCAGGAUAUACACCUGUGAGACUUCUAAUCGGAAGGCAAACACCGGCAGAUUGCGUAGAGACUGUCACGACCUCCUUAGAUGCUAUGAAUUAACGAGUUAAGAAUUUGACAUGCUCCUGAAGCCACGCCUGCAACUCAUUACCGCUCCUCCUGAGAGGGCAGUCAGGACCUCAGACACAGAAGAGGUCGUACCUGAGGGCUAGUGAUUCUGGGAGCACAAAGGCCUGACUGUGAAGGUUUCAGGGUAAACCCCGAGUAACUGUUGUCUUGUAGCUGAGCUACACUUUUAUGUUGCCUGAACAAAGCUCUUUAGGUGAGCCUGGGUCUCUGAAUGAGUCAUGUGAAAGUUUUUCCACGAGUCGCUCAGAGUCGAUGGAAUCUGACUAGACAGAAUCGUGUCCUGGCAUUCUUGCAGUCAUCAUGGCACUGGAGUACGGCUCGACAAAGCGCGCGAUGAUGACAUUCACCGUGGGCGCGCUGUUCGGCGGGGUUGUAGCGAUGUUGGUGGUGAGCAGUGAAGUUCUGAUGGACGGAGUGAAUAAACCACUACCUGAUGACGGUCUGAGACGUCAGUCGUACAUACGGACAUUACAGGAGACUGUAGGGGACCUCACUCCCCAAGCAGGCAGAGACCAGGGCCAGGGAUAUUUUGAUACCAUAGAAUUCCAAGCAAUGAACAAAGGUAAAGAAAAGUCCCGAGUCCGUGUGCUCUGCUGGGUCCUCACAGACCCCGAAAACCACGACAGCAAGGCGUUACCCGCCUACGACACAUGGGCGUCCAAAUGUGACCGGACUCUCUUCAUCACAACCAAGUCUCACAGCUUCCUCCCAACAGUUGUGCUAAACGUGACAGAAGGGCGAGAGUCUCUCUUACAAAAGUCUAUCCACGCUUUUAAACAUGUCUACGAACAUCACCUCGAUGAAGCUGAUUGGUUCUUGAAAGCUGAUGAUGACACUUACGUCAUCAUGGAGAAUUUACGUCACUUCCUCUCUAACAAGAACCCAGAGGAACCUGUUUACUAUGGUUUCCGGUUUAACUCCAUCAGACCUGACACCAAGAAUGGGUACAUGAGUGGCGGUGCCGGCUAUGUGCUCAGUAGAGAAGCUGUGAGGAGACUAGUGACACAGGGCAUGGACGACCCAAGGAAGUGCAGACUACAUUCUAAAGCUCCAGAAGACUUGGAAAUCGGAAGAUGUCUAGAGAAGGCAGGUGUUCUGGCAGGUGACUCCAGGGAUGAAGAGGGGAGGCAGACGUUUCACUGCCUGAGUCUCCAGGACCAUGUUCUGGGCAACUUGCCAGAGUGGCUCCACAGAUACAGCACCUACCCUGUCAAAUCGGGUCCAGACUGUUGUUCCAAACACACUAUCUCGUUCCACUACACUGAGCCCAUCAUGAUGUACGUGUUGGACUUCGCCAUUCACCACAUCAGGCCAUACGGGCAAUGUGACAGGAAGGACUAGACAGAGAACAUCCAUUACAAAACUGUAGAAUGCAAAAUAUGAAAUGAUAUGGACAUGCAAAAUUACAAAUGGAAAUAAUGGGACAAGGUUUAACCCAUCUCAUUAAUUGAAUGUUUAAUAAUAAUUUAUGACACUCCCUUCUCAAUUUGUGUACUUAAAAAAACGUUCUCUCUGCCAGGUGCUUUCAUGAGAAACGUUCUAAUACAUUAUUUGAUUAUGGGCAGCUGGUACUGCUGAUAAUCAAUUACCUAUGAUAAUGGAGACGACUUAAUUGCAGUGUUGAAGAACAAAUGCUAGUUAUUUGAAGCUUUAAGCCAAACAUUAAACUUGUUUGAUGUUGUUAACUUAACAUUAAAAUCGGACUCAUUGGCCAUGAAAGUCAAUGUACAACUAGCUAAUGUAAACCAGUGACUGGCAGAAGCCAUAAGACUGUUGAUCAUCUUCCGAGACAUAAAGAGCCAAAGAAAGAGAAACAAAACAAUUUGAUUUGACAUCGCUUAUGCUGUCGGGGCCAUAUAAGAGUGCUGCUUUUCAGUUCAAGUAUCUUUAAGUAAUAACAUUUUAUUAAGCAGGAUUCUUUGAAAAAAACUUAACACCAUGCAGCUUUCUAUAAAUAAAAGAAUGCACCAGUCUCAUGUCAUGUUGUUUUACAGAAUUUCGUUGUCUUCCUUCUUACUUCUUAAAAAACAAAAGCCAAUUAGAGUCCAUUCAAAGUCAACACACAGGUUUUCAAGUUUUGUCAUAUACCAUAACUAUAAAUUGUGAUGAAUAAUCAUCAUUAGUUUGAAAAAAUAAAUAAAUCCGGGAGAACCGUAGUUUAGAAAAUCCUCUAUGGUUUGCGAACUUUUCGAAAGAGGCCAUCAAAAGACUUAAUUUUGUUUAGAAAGUAUCAGGAAUAUUGUCCUUGAUGAAAUGGAGAAACAGAAAGUAUCAACAACACAUUUCGAAAUAUUUGGAAACCAUGAAAUGUGUACUACAAAUAGUUGCAAAGAUUAGAAAUUAAUUCUAAACAAUAGUGACAAACACCUUAACAAUCACUUGGAAUGGACUCUACCAUUUCUUCUGUUGACUUAAAGGUUGGCAGGGAAUAACUUAACCAUACAUGGUGCACAGUCUAAAAUUAUACAUUGUCCGUAAUUAUUGCAGUGUUUUUCAACCAAAUAAUAUAUUGUUUUUAUUCCUGUACAUUGAUAUUUAGAAUAGUUAUAAAAAUGGUCUAUAGUACACAAAGCAAUAAAUUAUAGGGCUGGCACAU